AUGAUCAGCGGGCCUUCUGAUGUCGUUGAUGAAGGCACCGGCUCUGGCGGUGGUGGUGCCGAUGAUGGCAAUUCGGUCGGUGCUGGUGGUGUGGGCACGGCGUCGGAUGUGGAUGCCGUUGCGGAUGCGGAGACCUCUGGAGGUGGCGCGAUUGAAGAUGAAGAAGGUUGCACCGAAGAUUCUGGAGGCGUUGCCAUGGAUGUGGAAGCUGAUGUGGGUUGUGCUGAGCUUGAGGGGGCGGGUGCCAUGCUUGGUGCAACAGAUGAUGACAGCGUGGAUGUAGGCGCAGGAAUCUCCGAUGUCAAAGAUGACGGUGCGGGUUCGCUGGGUCUCGGCAUUGCUACUUCAGAAGACGAAGCCGCGAGCGUAGAAGACAAAGCUACUGAGCUGGGUACGACCGGCUCUGGAACAGCGGAAGAAACCGGUAUCUCAGGUGCUCCACUUGGCUGUGGUGUGGCUGUCGGCAUGACUGUAGUGUAUGAUGUAACAAUCACUACAGGUGGUACUUGGAGGGAUGCUGAUGGCGAGACUUCGGCAGGAGCAUUUGAAGGAGCGGGCAUGGGAGCACCAGCCACUUCUGAUGUUGAAGAGGCUAGUGGAGCAGACUCUUGA